AUGAAGAACUCCUUUGUGCUUAGUGUCUUGGCAGCCCUUUGCCGGUCCGCCUUCAGUCUCGAAGAGGGAUCUUAUACAAUCGGAUCUGCUAGUCUUGAAAGCAGUGUGGUCUUGACCCAGGGAGAUGGGAUCGGUGGGCCUCUGGAAUUUCUUCCCAGGGAGAAUGGUGGCUUCCAUCAAACUUGGUACUUCACUCUAAAAGGCGGAAACCCUCGCGAUUUCCUGAUUGUCGACCCUGCUGGUAACUUCGUCAACUGUGGUGAUGAAGCAGGUACUCUUUGCGUCUCCGGAUCGGAGGAGCAGAUUUACACCGCCGAGCUUGUUGGUGACAACCGUUAUCAGCUCGUUGCAAAGACGUCUGGAUACUUCUUGCGUGCCGUUGGCCAAGAUUUGCAGCUUGCCGCAUGGGAUCAGAGUCCUAACGAGGAGUUUGUCUUGGAGUCGGCUGAAUACUAG